UUGAGAUACAAUAGAGAUUUAGAGAGAGAGUAGAGAGAGAGAGAGAGCACCUUUGGGUUGGAAGGGGGAGAUGUUGGUAGAGGAGCUGCUACGGUGCCAAAUCCGUGAAUGGUACCCGAUCUUCAAAACCCACACCUUCCCCACCCUCUUCGUCCCCCUCCCCCUCCCCUUCCGCCGCUACCUCCUCGGCCUCCCCCCUCUUAACCCUAACCCUAACCCCAUUAACGCCAUUAACGCCAUUAACGACGACGACGACGACGACGACGACGACGCUCCUCCUCCUCCGCUCUUCCUCCUCCCACGCUCCUCCACUCCCCUCCCCCGCCCCUCCCCUUCCUCCCUCGACCCCCUCUCCCUCCUCGACUCCUCCUUUCCCCCCUCCGACGGCGGCGACGACGACGACGGGGAUGGCGACGCGCCGUCGUUCCCGGAGCUCGAGGCGGCGGUGGCCCUCCGCUGCGCGUCGUUCGCCGACGCCGCGCUCCUCCUCCGCGCCUCCGACUCCGCCGCCCACGACCUCUCCCUCGCCCUCCCCUCCUGCUCCGAUUACGACCCCCGCAACCCUCCCGGCGACGACGCUUCUUCCCCCUCCUCCUCCGACGACGAUUUCUACUACCUCGCGUUGCGCAGGUGGAAGCCCUCGCUCCGCCCGGAGAUGGAGUUCCGCUGCUUCGCCCGCCGCCGCCGCCUCGUCGCCGUCUCCCAGCGCGACGCCACCGCCUUCUACCCCGCGCUCCUCGACCGACGCCGCGAGAUCCUUGCCGCGAUCCGGUCCUUCUUCGACGGCGUCGUCGCCCCGCGCUUCGCGUCGCAGGACUACACCGUCGACGUCUACGUGAUGCGGGACAUGAGGGUGAAGAUCGUCGAUUUCAAUCCCUGGGGCGCGUUUACGCUUCCGCUGCUGUUCACCUGGGAGGAGCUGGAGGAGAUGAAGGAAACGGAGGAGGUGGAGAUUAGGGUUUUGGAGAGCCAAUGCGGGGUGCGACCAGGGUUGAAGACGGCGGUGCCGUAUGAUUACUUGGAUACAGGGGAGGGGAGUGGGUGGGAUCAGUUCUUGCGGAAUGCCGAGGAGGAGAUUCGGCGGCAGGCGCAGAAUUCGCAGAAUUCGGAUGCCGGCGCCGGAGAUUACUGAUUUGAAAGGUCUCAUGCAGCCACUAACAGGUUUUAUGCCCAUCCAUGGAUUGCUUGGAUGGUGAUGGUAGUGGAUGGUAAUCUUCUUCGACCUUUCUCACUUUAAACUCAUAUAAUUAGGGUUUUCGCCAAGCCUUUGUAUACAGGGUAUAGUUGGUGUAAGCUUAUCGAGCACGGUUACUACAGAAUUGCCGGAGAAUCGUACUGUUGUUCAUCUUCGUUAAUCAAGUAAUUCGUCUUAACUUAGAAAUUUAAUUGCUCACUAAUGUCAAACUUUUGUAUAGAUUAUCGAGCGAAGCAUGUUUCUGUAUCAUUUUGUAGUAUAUGUUGCAAUGUUUAUUUUUUCCCCAAAAGGGGAUAAGCUACUUGUUUAUUAUUUGAAGACUUUAUUAAUUAUUUAUCAUCAUUUUUGCUUGUAGAUCAUCUUGUUUCAAAGGAGAUAAGCUACAUUAAAGUUUCA